CUUUCGCUCCCGUUUCUUCUUUUUCGGUCCCCCCCUAAGCUGUCAGCGGCCCCCGCAACCAAAACUUGGAGCAAAAGUUCGACCAACUCCCCCCCCCGCAACACACACACUCCUCCCCCCCACCCCCCGCCCAGGCCCCGAUGAAAACAGAUCCGAGUUGUCCCGGGGGCGAGCUCCUGGCUGCUUUUGUGGUUUAACGCCCCCCCCCCCCCCCCUUCUUGCUCCUGGACGCCAAAACUUCGGAGCCGCGAUCAUGGGGCGAGCCGAGGAGCUGGUGAGGAUUGCAAAGAAGCUGGAUAAGAUGGUGACCAGGAAGAACACAGACGGAGCUCUUGAUUUGCUGAAAGAACUGAACGGCUACACUAUGACCAUCGAGCUGCUGCAGUCCACGAGAAUCGGCGUGGCCGUCAACACUGUCCGGAAGCAGUGCUCGGACGAAGAGGUGGUGGCCCUGGCGAAAAUCCUCAUCAAGAACUGGAAACGGCUGCUAGAGUCCUCGGGAACCCCGAAGAGAGAGAAGGCCCUGGAAGGGCAAAAGAAUAAAAAAGAAAAAAGUCUCGACUUUCCCAGCUGGCAGCCCGAAGGGGCGAAUUCCCAUCCAGUGAAACGCUGCAAAAGCCCCGCUGAGAAGCACAAGGAAAAGCACAAAGAAAGGGACUUUCCCAAUCAUAAGGCAGUGGGCCCUCUUCCUGGCUCGAAGAAACAUUCAUCGGAUCAGAAACAGGACAGGAAAUCCAGCAAGUCCGGCUCUCACACGGCAACCCCAAAGAGUCAUUCUGCAGACUCCAAGCCAGACAGGGAGACCAGCGACUGCAGAGCCCUUCCCGCCACCUCUAAAAAGUCGCACUUGGACGGCAAGAAAGAGAGGAGAGACUCUACAGACUCAAGAUCUUCCACCAUCACCGCUUCCUCCUCCUCUUCCUCCCCUCAGAAGAGACCAUCGGUGGAAAGGAGGCCCUCUACAGGCUCCAACCCAGCAGCCUCUCCCCCUGGCUCUCGGAAGAACUCCAGUGAUGGCAAAGAAGAAAGACCCAACAGUGCCAAAUCCAAACCCGAGACCCCCAAGACUCCCAGCAGCCCCUCCAGCCCCACGUUCGCACCGACCAUCUGCUUCCUGGCGUCCUGCUACCUCACGGGAGACUCGGUCCGGGACAAGUGCGUCGAGAUGAUCUCGGCUGCCCUGAAAAUGGAUGAUGAUUACAAACAGUUUGGAGUCAACUGUGACAAGAUGGCCUCUGAAAUCGAAGACCAUAUCUUCCAGGAGCUGAAGAGCACCGACAUGAAGUACCGCAACCGCGUGAGAAGCAGGAUCAGUAACCUGAAGGACCCCAAGAACCCCAACCUGCGGAGGAAUGUGCUGAAUGGAGCCAUCUCCCCCAGCCUCAUUGCUAGGAUGACAGCAGAGGAAAUGGCGAGUGAUGAACUGAAGGAGCUGAGGAACGCCAUGACCCUAGAAGCCAUCCGGGAGCAUCAGAUGGCGAAGACCGGGGGCACCACCACGGACCUUUUCCAGUGCGGCAAGUGCAAGAAGAAGAAUUGCACUUACAACCAGGUCCAGACGCGUAGCGCCGAUGAACCCAUGACAACGUUCGUGCUGUGUAACGAGUGCGGGAACCGCUGGAAGUUCUGCUGAGGCCGCUCCUGUUUGCACCCGGGCCACCCGCGGAGACGAUGCAGCCGGACGGCAAAGGAGAAUCUCUGACCAUCCAAAUUUGAAACUGGGGGUGGGGGUGGGGGGAGGGGAAGGGAAGAGAACUAACCUGUUGAGAGAGGCGCUGAAAGUCCCUCCCUGUUGGCUCCCGAGAAUGUAAUGAGGAGUCACUCACUGGCUAGAGGGAGGGAUUGUUUGGCGUUAGGGGUACCUGAGCCUCAAGCCCAGAAGGUGCGAUGCCAGGGUGCCAGCCCCUAGGAGACUCCUCUUUUUUGAUGUCUAUAUUUUGACUGGAGUGAUCAUUGGAACCCUAGCCUGGAAGGACCUGCUGGGUCAUUCUAGUCCAUCACCCUGGAGGAAGCAGUGGGUGCAUGGAGCAUGACAGAGCCCAGGGGAAAUCUGCCCUGCCAGAGGUUUUGGGGUGCUGUUCUUCGAGCUCACAGGAAGUAGCCUAGCAGCAGCCGAGGUGCCCAGCCCCCUCGCCCGUGCUCGUCCCUUUCAUUGGGCAGGUUAAGCUGACCCCUGUUUGUUUUUAUGAGCCGGGUGAUCCCUGAAUCUCGGCGGCCUGCCUCUAGCGAAUCUCCCUGUUAUGCACGGGAGCAGGGCUUUCCAAAUCCCAGGCAGCAUUUGCUUUCGGAGGCAGAGGCUUCCUACCGUCCCCUGCCCAGGGCAAUCCACAGGCCCGUGUGUCUCAAAUUGUCAUUCCUGGAGUGAAGACUCCCGUCUACCCCCCUGUGUCCGCUCCGAUCUGGAAGGCAGCUCUCCGGGGCUGUGUCGGCAUCAGUCCUCGCACAAGCCACCAGGGGGCACCGAAAGCCCCUUGCACUCUGCCCUUGACAGCACCCUGGGGAUGCUCCCGCUCCAGGGACGGAGCAGGUGGAGUCCUGCUGGCUGACACCCAGUCCCUGGGCUGCGAUGACGUGCUGCCAGGGGUGUGCUUGGCUUCUGGCAUGCGUUUUGCAUGGACAUAUGUGUAACCGGCUGCUGGGAGGGCUGAUCUCCUAACGGAUGGCGUUUCGGCUCCAGGAUGGGGGAAGUACCAUGAGAAGAGACCAGUUCUCCCCUUAUUUCAGCCCCAUUAUAAAGGGCUGUUGGGCUGCCCCAGACCCAUAGGCACAGCCUUAUAGGCUGCUCUCUGGCUCCCCUGGGCAGUUCUCCAUAUAGGAUCCACUAGGUGUGUACACCCUGUAGAGGUAGCACUCAGCUCCCCUUGUCUCCACCGGGCUCUCGGGCUGCUUUGUGGUGUGUGGAUGAGAGGGACUGUAAUGGGGUUGAAGGUCGCUGGGAAUCAGGGUGCAGAAGAGGAACCAGUAGAAGAGCGGGAGCCUUCUCACCCAAAUCAGGGCAGACACUUCUCUUUACAUGUGGGUAUUUUCCCUGAGUGUGGUCACAACACACUCUGCUCUGAUGCACCAAACUCCCCCUGCAAAAACAGCUAACAGAGGGAGAUGGACUGCCUUUAAUUCCUCCUCUGCUGGCAUUUCGGUGGUGCAGUCCUGGAGUAUUAAUCCUCCAUCCAGCCAGUGAGGGAUUUCCUGCCCUUCAGUGGGAAGUCCACUGAAUGACAGCGAGCUCCUGUUUUAAAACCAGUGACCCUCCUUUCCUUCCCGAGAAGGUGAGAGCUGAAGAUGCACAGGGCUUUAGCUGCACCUGUUCGUGGGUCUCUCCUUCCCAUUGGUGACUUGUUUUCUGCAAACUGGAUAUUACACAAAGACUUGAUCCUAAUUCCCUGCUACACUUGAUCCUGGAACCUGAUUUUAAGCCCCACACCCUCAAGUGCAGUUACUCUUCGUUGUAAAUAAUUGUGCCCUUUCUUGGCGGCUGCCUCUGUGUAUCCUGAUUCCAGGUGGGAUUGGCCAUGGAAAAUUCCAGGCGAGGGAGGCUGUUCUUAACGGUACGCCUGACCCGACAGGAGCAGGAGUCACAUGGGGGGAAGCUGUUAUUCAGCGCCACCUCCUACCUUCAGCACCAAACUUUUGGGGGGUUAACCACUCUGAACUGGGGAGACUGUUGAACUUCACCGAGCGAGACUGGAAAUCACUGGGCCCCAUGCUGACAGGCUGAAGGAGGUAGAGGAGUGGCAGGAUGGAGAAGAGAAAGCACGGGGGUGGGAUGGGACAGAGGGUCAGAGCUCCUGCCACCUCAAUCCUGCUCUUAUGACCCACUUCAGGCUCGGCGCAGACAGGGCUGGGUGCCUGCCUGCUUUCAUCCCUUUAUCUCCUGCAGUCAGGGGACCGUGGCGCUAGUCCCCUGCCAUACACAGCGUAUGGAUCAGCCAGCUUUGUUUUCUCUCUAAGAUAGAAUGUGUCCCUGCUCCCCCCCAAAAAGUGGGGGUGAAAGGGAGAGAAAAUCUCCAGCUAGAGCAAUAAAGGUGUAAAGAGUG